GUGCGUCGGGUGUAGCGGCGGAAGGAUACAGUGCGUUCUGUAUAAAUAGCUGGACCUUUUGUUGUGAGCCGUUAGGUUGCUUCCGUGACGAGACGAUAAAGACGCACGCAUUUCGCACUCUUCCAGAAAGAACAUUUGUUUCGUAAAGAUGCAGAUUUUUGUGAAGACGCUGACUGGCAAGACCAUCACCCUCGAGGUUGAGCCCAGCGACACCAUUGAGAAUGUGAAAGCUAAAAUCCAAGAUAAGGAAGGCAUUCCUCCUGACCAGCAGCGUCUGAUUUUCGCUGGAAAGCAGCUGGAAGAUGGACGCACGCUGUCUGACUACAACAUCCAGAAGGAAUCCACCCUCCAUCUUGUCCUGCGUCUGAGAGGUGGUAUGCAGAUUUUCGUCAAGACACUGACUGGCAAGACCAUCACCCUCGAGGUGGAACCAAGCGACACCAUUGAGAACGUGAAGGCCAAGAUCCAGGACAAGGAAGGCAUUCCUCCUGACCAGCAGCGUCUGAUCUUCGCUGGCAAACAGCUGGAAGAUGGGCGCACAUUGUCCGACUACAACAUCCAGAAGGAGUCCACCCUCCACCUGGUGCUCCGCCUGAGAGGUGGUAUGCAAAUCUUUGUGAAGACGCUGACUGGCAAGACCAUCACCCUCGAGGUUGAGCCCAGUGACACAAUUGAGAACGUCAAAGCUAAAAUCCAAGACAAGGAAGGCAUUCCUCCUGACCAGCAGCGUCUGAUCUUUGCCGGCAAACAGCUGGAAGAUGGACGCACACUGUCCGACUACAACAUCCAGAAGGAGUCCACCCUCCACCUGGUGCUCCGCCUCAGGGGAGGCAUGCAAAUCUUUGUGAAGACCUUGACUGGCAAGACCAUCACCCUCGAGGUUGAGCCCAGUGACACCAUUGAGAACGUCAAAGCUAAAAUCCAAGACAAGGAAGGCAUUCCUCCUGACCAGCAGCGUCUGAUCUUCGCUGGAAAGCAGCUGGAAGAUGGACGCACACUGUCCGACUACAACAUCCAGAAAGAAUCCACCCUCCAUCUUGUCCUGCGUCUUCGUGGGGGCAAUUAAUAUGCUCAUGAUGUUUACUAUAUAGGUCUUGAAAGUUAUCAGACCAAUUGCAGUAUCCUUUGUUUCCUCUUAAUCAUCCAAUAAAGUUCUGGCAUUCCUGA